GUUCCAUGACUUCGACCACUUGAUCCGUCCAGUCCAUUCCAUCCUCUACCAUCGCUUGAUUGCUUCCGUCACUCAACAUCCCUAAUCCCUCCUCGCCUUCAUCCAUCUCCUCCCACACGACACCAAACAACAACCUCUCAACACCUCUCAACACCUUCCAACGUCCUGCACAAUCCCAUGUUCCACCACCAUUCCCACUGCCUCGUUCGAGUAUAACCUUCACCCGCUUUCGGUCUCUGCAAACAAUUCUGACCCUCACGCACCUAUUAUCUUUCACUGGCAACAAACAACCACGUAUACAACUCACUCUGCCCACGCCAUUCGCUUCACCUCCACCACUCAUACCACAUCUGCUUCAUCUGCCUCAUCCCAGUUGCUGUCACGGCCUCGAGUACUCAUGGAAUUGCCAUCUUUGACUAUUUCCAUCGCCAAUAACAUCCUUGCGCAAGAACCAAAACAUUGACGUCGCAAAUAUCCAUCUUUACGCCAUCUCGCAACCUCAAAUCCGCCAGAGCCUAUCCUUGCCUGCGCCCGUCCAACACGGACCACCAUCUGUCAAUCACCACCACCUUCUUCCCCAUAACUGUCCUUUCCCUUGUUUUUCCUCCUUGCACGACUGCCCUAUCUCUCUACCUUUGACAUUCUUCCCUCCCGAUCUUCAGGCAGUCUCACAGCAUGCCGCCAUCGAAGCGCAAAGCUCGUCGCAAGCCUCAGGACCUGCUCGAGUCUUCUGAGCCAGACCUUCCAGAUUCUUCACCAUCACGACCUUCAUCCAAGAAGCGCAAGGUCAACGGAACCCGCGCUGCCCCCAGACGACUUUCUACCUCACCUGACCGUGACCAAAUCUCAAACCCCGACACGGACGAUGAAACAGAAGAAAUCUCUCAAGCGGAUUUGAUCGACUCGGUAGUCUCCUACCUCUCCGUGCCCAAAGACGCAACCGUCGCCAGCGUCCAAUAUUCAAACGACAAGGAACAAAAUAACAGUCCGCAGAAAGUCUCUGCAUAUGCCAAAAUCGCCGGUCGCGAUUGGACCUAUUUUGUGCGAGACCAGGCCAUCAACUUUGGAAGACCUCCUGACGAUCGCCCGCCCAUCAAUGGCGCCUCCAGUCCGGUCGCCGAUGUCAAAGACGCGUUGCCAGUUCAUAUAGACCUUGGCCCGAGCAAGAUUGUCUCUCGCCAUCACGCCUCCAUCUUUUAUGACGCAGAAUACCCUGCUGAUGAAGGUGGCUGGCACGUACGAGUCAACGGCCGUAAUGGCAUUCGACUCAACAAUGUCUUGGUAAAGAAAGAGAUGCGGGCGCAUAUCAAGUCUGGCGAUAUUCUCGAAAUCGCCGGCACUCAGAUGAUGUUUGUCACUCCCGGUGACAAGGUGCAGAUUGACCCCUACUUUAUCGAUCGUGCAAAAGCGUUGGCCGCGGGAGAAGAAGUACCCGCUACCCACGCCCAUCCUGCUCCAAAGAUUGAACCUUCACUGCAACCUCCUACCCAAGCAUUCCCUUCUUUGGCCCCUGCGCCCCCCGACUUCAGACGCGAUGCCACACCACCAUCUCAAGUUGACGGAGGCAAGAAUCAACGAGGCGUGUUCGACAGCAAGAUGCCCAUGUCUCCAAUGUAUGGACGAGGAAUGAUGAUGGAAAGCACUCAGGAGAUUGACUACAGCCGCGACUCGGCCAAAGAUUUGAAGCCGCCGUACAGCUACGCCACCAUGAUCGCCCAGGCCAUCUUUGCCAGCGAGGAGGAAAAGUUGACUUUGAGUAACAUUUACUCGUUUAUUGCCGACAAAUAUGCGUUUUACAGACAUUCCAACAGUGGUUGGCAGAACUCCAUUCGACACAAUCUCUCCUUGAACAAGGCUUUCCAAAAGGUGCCACGACGAACCGACGAACCGGGCAAAGGCAUGAAAUGGCAGAUUGCGCCCGAAUUCCGCCAGGAAUACUGGAAGAAACAAGCCCGUCGAGGCGGUGGUUCCGCACCCUCGUCUCCUGCUUCGACCAAGGAUGUCAAUCCCAAUUUUCGCGGACCUAAUGGGCAAAAUCUUGGGUACGACACUUCUAUGGUCAGCUCCUUCUCGGCCAAAGAUGUCGGCCCUGGGUAUCCGCCACGUCAGCCCAAUGCUCCAUUCCCUUCCCUCGUUCCUGGUCUUCCUCCAGGACCAACUCUGGCUCCACCAUUCCAGCAUCCCCAAGAAGCCAUUACUCCUCAGCGGAGAAGAGCAGAUACCUUGAACACCUUGCCCGACGGAGAGCUUGAUGAUUCCCCAUUGACGCAUGGCCUCGGCCGGCCCACCCCUCGAUCUUCCAAUGUACCCGCCUAUACUUUGCCAUCGUCCGUGCCUCCUCCGCAUCGAUCGCCCACGAACCCAACAUUGUCUUCCUCUUACCUGGACACACCGUUUCAUCUCUCCCAGCAUAGCAUCGUCACCCCGGCUCCUCUGCGACAGAACCCACGCCUGGCCCCACCAAGCACCCUGGUUGCCCCCAGCAAGUUUAUGCCCGAGUCCUCGCCCGCUGGGCCUGGUCUGUUCUGGAAAGGCUUGAUGGGAACGACACCGGGUCACCAGCUGCCAGACAUUUCGCCAGUCAAGGACGACGAGCGACGUUCCAAUGGUAUUGAACGUCAUGUCAUGAGCUCGAGCCCUCCUCCGCUGGACUCUGGGUUGGGCAGUCCGAGCAAGCCGUCUCGAAGCAGCCAGGCGGUGCCGACAUCAAGCUCGAGCGCCAGAAAGGAGGCCACACCAUUGGCGCCCGCCAAGGAGAACGGUGUCGGCAGCGACGAGCAUCGAUUCAAUCGAAGCCGAGGAAGCAGUUUCGCAACCAAACUCUCUCCAGUCACCCAGGCUUCCGCUCCCACCAACCCAGUUGCAUCUUUCAGAGUCAAUCCUCCUCCGCCAGUCAACAAUGCAAAUCCAGCACCCAAGGGAGACGACGAUGACGACGAUGGUGAAGGAGGCUUUGACCUCGCCAAAGGAUUUGCCCCAAUCGGAGGAGGCGCAAAUUUCAACUCUGGCCGAAGCAGCAGUAUUGGCGUCGCACGCGCAGGGACUUGAGGAACGUCUCGAGCUGGUGCUAUAGUAGUGGAGGUGUACGACAUUUAUGGCAAGAAUUUUGGUGGAAUGUGAGAUUAGGGCCCAUUUUAUGACUUUUGCAUGAUUGAUUACGAGACUGGCUUACGGUGGACCACGCCGAGUGAUGGGGCCCGCGGGCCAUACUGUAACAGUAUCAUGGAUGGAUAACUGCAUAUUACUUAGAUGGGGCUUGGUCUUUGGGUUUGGGUUUUGUGCAAUCUGGCAUUGAUUGAUGUGUCACAACGACGAGAACAGUGUGGGAAAGCAGGCUGGUGUGCGACGGCCCAGGGGCCUAUUACCUGUGGUCAGUCUGAUCUCACCAAGACAGCUACUGUAUUUGAUGCAAUAUAUGCUUAACGGCAUGAGGGUAGUGUACCUAUAUAAAUGAGAUGUUGAAUGCUCAGAUAUGAACGCAACCUUGA